AUGGACGUCGGGAAGGCGGUCACGGCGUACAUGGAGCGCAUGGUCAAGGAGGUGCAGGGCAUGAAGAUGCUCCUCCUUGACCAGUACACGACGCCUACCAUCUCCGCCUCGUUUACGCAGUCCGCACUGCUCGAGAACGAAGUAUACCUCACCGACAAGCUCGCGAAUGGCGCGCGCGAGCGCAUGGCGCACCUGCAGUGCGUCGUAUUCGUGCGUCCGUGCAGCUCGUCCCUCCAGGCACUGUGUGAAGAGCUGCAGCAGCCCAAGUACGGCUCCUACUGGCUCUACUUUAGCAAUGUCGUCCCCAAAAACAGUAUCGAGCAGCUCGCUGAGGCCGACCAGCACCAGCUCGUACAGACCGUGCAGGAGUACUUUGCAGACUAUGUCCCGGUCACCUCGUCGCUCUUUUCGCUGAACUGCGACAUGCCGCCGCACGCGGUUUGGUCGAAUUCGGUCUCGCAGUGGGACAGCGACGCAUUCGAGCGGCACUCGUCGGGGCUCAUGGCGCUGCUGCUGAGCCUCAAGAAGAAGCCGGUCGUGCGCUACGAGCGCAUGAGUGCCUUGGCAAAGAAACUCGCAGAAGAUGUCGUCUACCAGACCACCCAAGGGCAGCCGGGCUUGUUUGACUUUCGGCGCACCGAUGUGCCGCCGCUGCUGCUGAUUUUGGACCGCCGAAACGACCCCGUGACGCCGCUCUUGACGCAGUGGACAUACCAGGCGAUGGUGCACGAGCUGAUCGGCAUCCAUAACGGGCGUACGCAGCUGCCGGGCAAAGGAGAUGCGCACGAAGAGAUUGUCUUGUCGGUCGACCACGACCCCUUCUUUGCCGCGAAUCUGUACGACAACUUUGGCGAUCUCGGCGCGUCGAUCAAGCAAUACGUCACGCAGUUCCAGUCGCGGUCCUCGUCCACGUCCGCCAUCGAGACCGUCCAGGACAUGAAACGCUUCGUCGAAGAGUACCCCGAAUUCCAGCGCCAACGGGGCAACGUGUCGAAGCACGUCGCGCUCCUUGGCGAGCUCAGUCGCCUGGUCGAGGAGCGCGAUCUGCUCCAGGUCAGCGAGUUGGAGCAGAGCCUCGCGAGCAACGAGAGCCACUCGUCGGACCUGCGCAACGUCCAGACGAUGCUCGCCUCGAACAAUGUAGGAAACGACGCCAAGCUGCGCCUCGCGAUCCUCUACGCGCUGCGCUACCAAAAGUGGUCCGGCAACCAGAUCGACGCAGUGGCGCGGCAGCUGAUCCAAGUCGGCCUUCCCGAGUCCGAUGUCGUGCUCGUCUACGUCAUGCUCAACUUUGCGGGCGCCGAGCAGCGCCAGGACGACCUCUUUGCCAACGAGAACCUCUUUUCGCGGGGCAAGAGCGCACUCAAGGGCCUCAAGGGCGUCGAGAAUGUCUAUACGCAGCACUCGCCGCACCUCCUCGAGACGAUCGAUAACCUGAUGCGGGGGCGCCUGCGCACGUCGAGCUACCCCUUUGCGAACGUCGACCCCUCGUCGAUGGACGGCGCGCCAGCCACCGUCUUUCCAAACGGCAACACCACACGGCCACAGGACGUGAUUUUGUUUGUGAUUGGAGGCACGACCUACGAAGAAGCACGCACCGUCGCCCUGCUCAACGGCGCGCCGCAAGGCAGCGUGACACAGGCGCAGCCGCCGUGGCCUGGCUCGCGUUUCUUGCUCGGCGGCACGACCGUGCACAAUGCACGCUCGUUCCUCGACAUGGUGCAGUAUACCGCCUCGCGCCUGCCGCCGAGCAUCACACGGCCCCCGCUAUCGGCGGGCGACACUGGCCUGCACCUGCGCCUCGGGCCGAUGCAGCUCAACGUCGCCAACGCGCCGCAGCGCGAGAUCAGCGAAGGCCUCGGUGACGUCGCCAACAAUGCGCGCGAGCUAGCGACAGGCCUCUUUGGCCGUGUAAUGAAUAGUGCUCCAUUUUCAUAG